GUAAUAAAUCCAAAGAAAAAAGGAAAAAAGAAAAAGUAUGUUAAUUCUGGAACAGUAACAUUGCUUUCCUUCCUAAUUGAAACAGAAGUUUCAUUCCUUGACUAUAUUAAAGGCGGAACCCAAAUCAAUUUCACAGUAGCUAUUGAUUUCACAGCCUCAAAUGGUAACCCUUCACAGCCUACUUCACUGCACUACAUGAAUCCCUAUCAGCUGAAUGCUUAUGGCAUGGCACUGAAAGCAGUAGGUGAAAUAAUUCAGGACUAUGACAGCGAUAAAAUGUUCCCAGCUCUAGGUUUUGGAGCUAGACUGCCUCCAGAUGGAAGAGUAUCACAUGAAUUUGCACUGAAUGGAAACCCUCAAAAUCCAUACUGCCAUGGAAUUGAUGGUGUAAUGGAGGCAUAUUACAGGAGUCUCAAGUCUGUACAGCUUUAUGGACCAACAAACUUUGCCCCUGUAAUUAAUCAUGUAGCCAGAUAUGCUGCUUCGGUAAAAGAUGGCUCCCAGUAUUUUGUUCUUCUCAUUAUUACAGAUGGAGUUAUUUCUGAUAUGGCUCAGACAAAAGAAUCCAUAGUGAAUGCUUCAAAGCUUCCAAUGUCAAUAAUUAUAGUGGGGGUAGGACCAGCGGAGUUUGAUGCUAUGGAAGAACUGGAUGGUGAUGUAGUGAGGAUUUCUUCAAGAGGCAAGUUUGCAGAAAGAGACAUUGUGCAG